AUGGUCACUUGCCCUCAAGCCUAUGUGAUGGGCAUGGGGUUUUUGGGACGCUGGAACCUGGCUGGCUUCACCGGAGCAGGUCUCCUCAUCUACCUGAUGUUCAUCUGUGACCCUGUUGCUUCCCAGCGGGUUCCUCUCCGCCUCUCAGAUGGCCCACACCGCUGCGCUGGCAGGGUUGAGGUCUACUACCAGCACCAGUGGGGAACAGUGUGUGAUGACCACUGGGACCUGCAGGAUGCUGGCGUGGUGUGCCGGCAGCUGGGCUGUGGCGUGGCGCUGUCAGCCCCUGGGGCUGGGCAUUUCAGGACAGGACCUGGUCCCAUCUGGUUGGACGAUGUCAACUGCACAGGGACGGAGGUCGCCCUGUCUUACUGCAGAACGAAGGGCUGGGGAAAGAACAACUGCCACCAUGGUGAAGAUGCCGGUGUGGUGUGCUCAGGUAAUGCCCUUCCAACUCCUGUCCCUCUCCGCCUGGCAAACGGCCCGAACCACUGCUCUGGGAGAGUCGAGGUGAUGCACGACCACCAGUGGGGAACUGUGUGUGAUGAUGACUGGAGCUUCCCUGAUGCCAUGGUGGUGUGUCGGCAGCUGGGCUGUGGGACAGCAGUCUCAGCCUACGGUGCAGCUCACUUUGGCAAAGGAUCAGGCCCCAUUUGGCUGGACAACGUUCAGUGCAGUGGGACCGAAGCUGCCCUCUCCGAAUGCCCGGCUAGACCUUGGGGUGUCAGCAACUGCGACCAUGGAGAGGACGCCAGCGUCAUGUGCACAGCCACACCAGACGACACAUCAGCUCACGUGCGCCUGGAGAACGGUCCCAGCCGCUGCGCGGGGCGCGUGGAGGUGCUCCACCACCAUCAGUGGGGGACGGUGUGUGACAAUGGCUGGAGCCUGGCCGAGGCAGCAGUGGUCUGCCGCCAGCUGGGCUGUGGGACGGCCAUCUCGGCCCCGGGCUCGGCUCACUUCGGGCAAGGGUCUGGUCGCAUCUGGCUGGAUAAUGUGAACUGCACAGGGACAGAAGCCACCCUCUCCCAAUGCCAGACCAGGCUGUGGGGAUCCAACAGCUGUGACCACCGGGAAGAUGCUGGUGUGAUGUGCUCAG